AGGAAAUAACAGGUGAUGGUCAUCAGCCAACACAUGCUCUGUCUUGAUCUUGCAACUCUGACAUCUUGAGUGUCAUGCAUCAUGUACAUUUCACAUCUUUGGAUAUUUUUUGGUGCUUUGGUGUCUUCAAAUGCUCUGGACGACUGGAAUACAAGAUGUAUCAAUUUCACCAUCAACGCCUCUCUGAAAUCUGAAGUCUAUCUCCCAUGUCACUUUAAUAUAAACCAUUACAAUGGAACAUUGGCAGUGAAUUGGAGAUGCCAUUCCACUAUUGACAGUCUUGUAACGAUCAUGACUGAUGGCAAAAUCAUCUUUGGUAGUCCUAGUGAAGGACGAGUGAAUGUUUUUCCCUUUCUGUCUAAACAUGGAAACUUCUCUAUCCUCAUCCAUGAUCUGCAGUCUUCAGACAUUGCCACCUACAUUUGUGAGCUGAACAGUGAAUGCUGGAGGGUGCAAAUCAUUGAACGUCCGUACAAAACUGAACCGCUGAACUCUAAUCGCAACUCCUGGUUAUACUUUGUUGCUGGAGCUGGAGUUUUUACUCUUCUUUUUAUUAUAUUCAAUCGCACUGGUUUACAAAACCGUUUGCAGUCCUUGACAGAAAAAGGCAUGAGAUCAUCCAAAUCUAGCUCUACGAAUGAAGAACACCAUGAAGCAUUCAGAACUCCAGAUCCAAAUGAUUUUACGACAUCUACAAUAUACCAUGUCAUCCAGGCAUAAUACUUCAGUUUAGAAGGUGCCGGCAAGAGGGGAAAAUAAAAAUCAUGAUUUCAGAUUAUAAAUCUGUUAUUUUGUCUAUCAGUAAAUACUGUUGUC